AUGGCUAAACCAAAGGUGUUGCUCGUCUUGUACGAAGGUAAGGACCAUGCUAAGGAUGAACCCAAGUUGUUGGGAUGCUUGGAGAACGAAUUAGGAGUGCGUGAGUUCGUAGAGUCUCAUGGCUACGAAUUGGUUUCCACUGCCGACAAGGAUCCAGUUGGAUCGUCUGAGGUGGAUCAGCACUUGGAAGACGUGGAGAUCAUGAUCACAACUCCAUUCUUCCCAGCUUACAUCACCAGGGAGAGAAUUGCUUCUGCACCAAACUUGAAGCUUUGUGUGACUGCCGGUGUGGGUUCUGACCAUGUGGAUUUGGGUGCUGCCAACGAACGCAAGAUCACAGUUGCUGAGGUCACUGGAUCCAACGUUGUUUCUGUUGCAGAACAUGUCAUGAUGACCAUCUUGAACUUGGUCAGAAACUUUGUUCCAGCACACGAGCAGGCUGUUUCUGGAGGCUGGGACAUCGCCGCAGUUGCUAAGGACACCUACGAUUUGGAAGACAAGGUGGUGGCUACCGUGGGUGCUGGAAGGAUCGGCUACAGAGUGUUGGAGAGACUUGUUGCCUUUAACCCUAAGAAGCUCUUGUACUUCGACUACCAGGAUCUUCCACAAGCUGCUGUGGACAAGUUGAAUGCCGCAUCUAAGUUGUUCAACGACAAGGACAACAUUGUGGAGCGCGUGGAGAAGUUGGAGGACAUGUUGGGUCAGGCCGAUGUGGUUACCAUCAACUGUCCAUUGCACGAGGGUUCUAAAGGUUUGUUCAACAAGAAGACCAUCAGCCACAUGAAGGACGGUGCCUGGUUAGUUAACACUGCUCGUGGUGCCAUCUGUGUGGAGCAGGAUGUGGCUGAUGCCGUGGAACUGGGUAAGUUGAGAGGUUACGGUGGUGAUGUUUGGUACCCUCAACCAGCACCAGACAACCACCCAUGGAGAACCUUCAGAAACAAGUAUGGAGGUGGAAACGCCAUGACCCCACACGUGAGUGGAACUUCUUUGGAUGCCCAGGCCAGAUACGCUGCCGGAGUUGAGGAGAUUUUGACUCAAUACUUUGACAAGACCUACAAUUAUGCUCCUCAGAAUGUGAUUGUUAUUGACGGAGACUAUGCCACCAAGGCUUAUGGUCAGAGGGAGAAGAAAUAA